GCACAAGCAUCCGAUGUUGAGCCUGCCACCAUCGUCGGUUCCAGCAUUCAUCAACAUGCGAUCUCAGAGGCUGUGUUCAACAGCCCCUCGGCAACAUUUAGCUAUGUUCUGCCACCAGGCUCUAGUCCUGAACAGCGGCUUGCAAGCACGAACGGAAACAUCCAGGACUUCAACGCCAAGGAGGCAGAAUGUGCUCUCUUCCAGUUCUACAAAAGCCACGCCGGGGUGUGGCUUGAUAUUGUCACUCCUGAGAGACAUCUAAGCCAGACUGUGCCAAGGCUAGCAGUACACAGUCCGGUAUUGUAUUAUGCCUGCCUCUCUUAUGCAUCCAACCUCAUGAAUGUGAGAGGCGAGAUUGACGAGGCGGUUAAGGAGGAUUACCACUGUAAAGUGAUUCGCAUCCUAAUCGACUCGCUUUCCUCCGUUUUCAGCCCCGAGAAUGAAGCCACCCUUCUGGCCACCGUUGUGAUCCUCCGCAUGUCCGAACAAUUCUGCGAGAUCGACAAAGAUGUACGGCAUCAUCUCGACGGUGCUUCUUCGUUGUUCACCUUGAGAGGCACCACUCGGAAAUGGUCAGUCUAUGAUACUGACCUAGCAGGCACAUCGUUCUGGAUCUACCUUCGAGAAAGUCUCCGGCUAUGCUUCCUCAAGGAGGAAAAGUGCCAGUUCGACCUGGCCUUGAUUGCCGGAGAAUCUCUUUUCUUGCCUGCAUCCGAGGAGGUCUGGACAAAUCGGAUUACACUGAUCCUAGCACUGGCAUGCAAUUGUGGUUUCGGCAAGACUGCGAGGUCAGAACGAGACUUGCAAUCCACAAGAUUGAAAGGACUUAUUGAGCUUUGGGCAAGCAGCGUGCCGGACGCCUUUCGUCCGUGGAGUUUCAGGGAUGGCAAGUUCGGCCCUUUUCCCGCCAUCCGUUUCCUGAGUACUUGGCAUGAAGUGGCGUGGCAACACUACUAUACCGCGAAAGUGAUACUGGCAGUAGACGCACUUCACAUGCAAGAAAAUACCAAUAUUCUAAGGCUGAACAGGUACACUGAGAGUCAGAUCUUUGAACCAAGCAGGAAGCUUUGCGGCAUCUGCCUUGCCACCAGGGAAAUUGGAUCCGAGAUCAAUGGGAGCCAUCUUGUUUCUUGGUGUGGCCAAUUCUUCACGGGUAAGGAGGAACAGCGACGUCUUCUGGACUGGCUGGAAACUACUAUGCUAGAAUCCAGAUGGCCAAAUAGGACUUGCAGUGAACGUUUGCAGCAAAUAUGGAAAGGGUCUAGGCUGCAGUGGGUCGAUACUCCUUGCAUUUAGGUGGAUAUUGCUUCAAUCCACACUUGGUGAGCGACUGAAUUGCACUGCCAGCCCAUACAGUAUAUGAGGAGCGAGAUCAAUGAUACCGGAGCCCCGGGUGCUCUGGAUGAUGUGUCACGCGACCUGGUUUUCCGGGG